ACAUUUCCCAUGCCAGGGUAGGAUUUGGCGGUCAUUCUCUCCCUGGAGUAUGAGAAAAUGCCAGGCUUGGUGAGGGUGGGUUUACCUUCUCUCCAGGUGGUGCCCGAGAAUGGCAAAGAGUCAGAUGAAGGUUGCUGAAAACAUGGGUGCUCUCCAUCAGCUUUGCAGUUAUGGCUGCCUCUCUAAUAGAUGGGAAACAACUGUCUUCAACAGGAGUGGACAAAAAUAAUUUCACAGGCAUCCCUGGGCUGUCCUUAAGACAGAGCGAGGGCUGGAAGAUCACAGUGUGGCGGAAAACAAAAGGGAGUUAACAAGAUGUGACCAGUCAAUGGAUAAAACAAUAGGCAAAACCCUCCGCGUUGUCUAGUGCCCAGGUGUCCUUCCCAUGCACAGGUAGCCAUGUGGAUCGUGGUGAGUUUGCUCUGCUGCUUCAUGCUCGGAGGGCUGCCAUGGGCAGGCGGCUCGUGCCCGUCGCAGUGCAGCUGCGCCUACCACAGCCUCAGCGAAGGGACGAAAGCCAGGACAGUGCUGUGUAACGACCCGGAGAUGACUCUCACUCCUGUGAACAUCCCUGUAGAUACGUCCAAGCUUCGGAUAGAAAAGACAGCCAUCCGCAGGGUGCCAGGAGAGGCUUUCCACAUGCUCCACAACCUGGAGUACCUCUGGAUGCCCUAUAACUCCCUGGCCAGCCUCAGUGGGAUCACCUUCAAGGGCCUUCGUCGUUUGCAGGAGCUGAGGCUGGAUGGGAAUGACUUAAUAUCAUUCCCCUGGGAAACCCUGGUUGACAUGCCACAGCUAAGGCUUCUGGAUUUACACAACAACGAACUUACCUCAAUCCCUCCAGAUGCUGCUCGUUAUGUCAAGAAUGUCACAUACCUGGACCUCUCUAGCAAUAAGCUGAUGACUCUUCCUCAGGCUCUUAUUGCCACCUGGGCCAACCUCCAGGCUGUUCCUUACUUCCCCAACGAUAACUCCAAGAUCAUCCUAGGCUUGCAAGACAAUCCUUGGGUAUGUGACUGCAGUCUGUACGAAAUGGUCCAUUUCCUAAAUUUCCAGUCUCCUAACAUAGCAUUCAUUGAGCCCAGGCUGAAAUGCUUCACGCCCCGGAGCCUUGCAGGAGUCUUCUUCAGCCAAGUCGAGCUAAGGAAGUGUCAAAGCCCCGUUGUACAUACGUCUGUAGCCAAAGUAAAGACCAUCCUGGGCAGCACUGUGCUGCUGCGAUGUGGGACAACAGGGGUGCCCAUUCCGGAGCUCAGCUGGAGAAGAGCUGAUGGUGCUCAACUAAAUGGCACAGUUCACCAAGAGAUUUCUAGUGAUGGGAUGAGCUGGUCUAUUCUGGGCCUGCCUGUAGUCUCUUAUCUUGACUCUGGAGAGUACAUCUGUAAAGCAAAGAAUUUUCUGGGGGCAACAGAGGCGUUCAUAUCGCUCAUCAUCACAGACUCAGAAAGCACGGAUGACCCCAACUCUAACGCCAAAGGGGCAUGGAGUGGGAAGGCAAGUGGGAUGGAAGCAGCUGCCUACAAUGACAAGCUAGUGGCAAGGUACGUUAUCACCACCUCCACCAUGCCUACCCUGGGGGCUGGAGGGGGCACUGGAGAUGGCCUCCUCCUCCCAGAUGUGGCACAAGAUAAUCCCAGAAACCUACUGGUGAGCCCACCUACUGGUCAGCAGGAGCCAGAGCGAAUGGUGAGGUCUGUCAGGGUGAUAGGAGACACUGACCAGAGCAUCACCCUGGCCUGGAAGGCGCCUCUGACAAAGAACACGACGGUGUUCAGUGUCCUCUAUGCCAUCUUUGGAGAGAGAGACAUGCGGCGGAUCAACGUGGAGCCAGGGAAAACCAAGGUCACCCUCUAUGGGCUGCUGCCAAAGACCAAAUACAUCGCCUGUGUCUGCGUGAAAGGGCUGAUCCCCAGGAAAGAGCAAUGCAUCAUAUUUUCAACAGAUGAAGUUGCCAGCGCAGGAGGGACCCAGAAGCUCAUCAAUGUGGUUGUCAUCAGCGUGGCCUGUGUCAUUGCUGUUCCUCUGACGCUGGUGGUCUGCUGUGGAGCCCUGAAAAGGCGCUGCAAAAAAUGCUUUGUGCGGAAACCCAAGGAAAUUCAGGAGUCUUACGUCACCUUUGAAAGCCUGCCUCCUGGAGCCAAGGCGAAAGGCGUGGAAGGAGAAUACUUGACUAGACACACCCCCGAUGAGUCGAACAGGCUGCUGUCUGCCCGAUCCAGCGUGGACUCGGAAGCAAUACCAAAGAUGGAGGAGCAACCUAAUGAAUACUUUUGCUGAUAAUAACUAGGCUGAUUGUCGGCUUGCUCACACGGCUGUAUAUACACUCUCUGGUCCAGAACUGCAGGCCACCUUGUCAAUGCUUCUGUCGCCAACACAUUCUGAAGGACUAUGCAAGAGGGUAGUUGGUGCCCAAGCUUUACAGAAACAUGUUGCUCAUCCCACUUGGGGUUUGCUGUUUUGUACCCAGGCAAAAGCUUCUGUGAUAAUGGCCUCGUUCUCCUGGACCACUUUUAUUUUCGUAAAAUGAAGCGUGCACACUGAGUGUGAGGACAUUAAGUGACAUUUCUGAGCGCGCUGUGCUUGGUGCUUAGUACCUGCUCUGUAAUACACAAAGUAUUUUAUUCUCUUUUGAUGUACUUUUGGUUAACAAACAGGGGAGUGUUUAGUAAUUUUAAUAUAUAUACCUAUGAAGGUGGAGAUUGAGAGUCUUACCUUUUACAUCCCCCAUGUUUGCAUGAAACAUGCAGCUCGCUGCAUAAUAGAUCACUGAACACAGCUGUACAGCACCCCUUUCUAGUAUGUCCAGCGUAAUAAGAGCUCUGUGCUCUGAAUUCAGAGAAAUGUGCAAAGAAGGUGGAAAUCAAGAGGUAAACCCCAAUCCACUCCUAAGAAUAACUAAUAGAGAGCGUUUUGUGAUUGCAUUCUGGCCCUAAACACCGUUAAGAUUUCUUGAACAACAGUACUGCAGAGGUCUUUCAGUAUCAGUCCUAGCUGGCAUUUUGUAGCUGUAUUGUAAUUAGUAGAGUAUGUUUUAUAUCAGCUGUGCUAGUUAAAAUCAUACAAUAGGCUACUCUGCAAACUGUGUGGCGUUGUAAUGCUUUGUAGUCACACUGAAAAACUUAAAUUAGUUCUGCAAAACCCUCCCAGAGCAGCCCUGUCAUUGCUGCCGGCUCUCCUGACAAAACUGGUGGCGAAGACCAGAGGGCUCAGCCAGGCAUUUGUGGUUAGGUCAUGAAAAUACCUUGCUCCAUGCGGAGCAGGGGUAUGUGAUGUGGUGGUAGAUCGCUGGCCAGGCACACAUCAGUCAUACUUUCACCAUGGAGUCAGCAGUGGCAGAGGCUCAGUGUGGACUUUUGGGUUUCAAACUUUUUACAAGUUCAAGAACCCUGAAAAAACCCCGUCUAAUAUUCAUCUAAGUGUACUUUCAUUGUCCGGGUGAGCUAAUCAGUUAUAUUAAGUCCUGCAGCUCCACUUGAAUUUGGAUCUGAGUGCUUACCACAAUGCACGUCCCAGUCACAUAAUUUUCCACUCCAGUCCCUUGUGUAUUAGUACUGUAUAUAAAGUUUUUCUCUUUGUAACAAAUAUUCUUCAUGAAGAAAAUGUUCUGCCAAAUGUUGAAUGGGAGGGAUCCAGGCAAGUUGAAAUGAAAACUGGUAAAGCUUGCUGAAUUGUUUUGAAAUGUGUAUUUGUAAAUUUAUUGGAAGGAUGUCAACACACAUUCUGGAUCUGUAUGUGCAGUGGGGGUUAACAAAACUCACUGGUUGGAAUGGAGCCCUCUAUGGAUUUUGCAAGUCCUCCUUGUACAGAAGGGUUUCAGUUAUGUCAGAUUACUUGGCCUGGUGGAGAAAGCAAGUCAUUUGAUCUCAACAAAUACUAGCAACAGGUGACACAUUACAAUAAUUUCUGAUAGGACUCCCUGUAUUCCUUACAUUAAUGAUAAAGAACUUCUCUUAUAUUGGGAGAAUUUGUCAAUCUCUGUAUGAAAUAAUGCAUGCUACUUCUGUCACUGGACUGCAUAGAUCUUUAGGUUUACAAAUAACAUUUACAAAUAAAAUUAUGUCUUUUAUUACAACAGA